AUGGAGAAAGCCUCUCGGCCCACAGCGGUCCCCGAUCUCGAGUCCAGUCUCCGGCGGGACAAGCCUCGGGAGUCCACUCUCUCUCGCCAGUGGAGGCAGAACCUGGACCCUACCCAUGCCGACCUGGUGUGCCUGCUGCUGUGUUUCCUGGCCGGACUGUGCGAUAGCAGCGCCUACAAUGUCUGGUCCUGCUUUUUGGGAAUGCAAACCGGAAAUACCAUCUUCCUGGGUCUUGGUGCCUCCGCUCUGCCUAAAAGCAAGCCCUGGGGCUGGCUCAAAUCCCUCGUCUCCAUCGUCUCCUUCUUCACCGGCGCCAUGAUCUUCUCCACUAUCAUGCGGCGCGUGGGCACUCUCCGUCGCGGCACUCUUUUCGUUUCCUUCCUCGUUCAGACCAUCCUGAUCAUCAUCGCCGCUGUUGUUAUUCAGGCCGACCUGAUCCCCCACACGUCGACCGACAUGUCUCUGGACGGGGGCCAGCUCUUCCUGGAGCUGAUCCCUAUCGGUCUGCUCGCUUUCCAGUCCGCCGGUGCGAUGACCUGCAGUAGGUCGCUCGGGUUUAAUGAAAUCCCGACCGUGGUUCUGACUAGCGUCUAUUUCGAUAUUGCGUCGGAGCCCAGGAUCGCAGAGAAAUCCAUAACCAACGUCAAGCGGAACAGUCGGAUCGGAGGGGUGGUGUCGUUGCUGAUCGGUGCGAUUGUAGGUGGGUGGCUCAGCCGCAGCAGCGGUAGCAUGGAGUCGGCUCUGUGGAUGGCGGCGGGACUGAAGUUCGUUGCGGCCGUGGGGUGGCUGUUCUGGAAAGCGGCGGCGCCCAAUUAG